GGACCGCGAGGUCCUCGCUGCCGCCACCGCCGCCGCAACAGCCUGUGAGCCGGCGGCCUCCUUCCGGAACGGGGCCGGGGUUGAGCUCGGGCCGCCCGGCUCCUCAGGAACAUGAUCCACAGUCUGUUCCUCAUAAACUGUUCCGGGGACAUCUUCCUGGAAAAACAUUGGAAGAGUGUCGUGAGCCAGUCUGUCUGUGACUAUUUCUUUGAAGCCCAAGAGAAAGCUGCUGAUGUUGAGAAUGUGCCACCUGUCAUCUCAACGCCUCACCACUACCUCAUCAGCAUCUACAGGGACAAACUUUUCUUCGUGUCUGUCAUACAAACAGAGGUGCCACCACUCUUUGUCAUUGAGUUUCUGCAUCGAGUCGCAGACACUUUUCAGGACUACUUUGGUGAGUGUUCGGAGGCUGCGAUUAAGGAUAAUGUGGUCAUAGUAUAUGAACUAUUGGAAGAAAUGCUAGACAAUGGAUUUCCUCUGGCAACUGAAUCUAACAUCUUGAAAGAACUGAUUAAACCACCCACAAUUCUGCGCUCUGUUGUCAAUUCUAUUACAGGCAGUAGUAAUGUUGGGGACACACUCCCCACAGGACAGCUUUCCAACAUCCCAUGGCGUCGUGCAGGUGUGAAAUACACAAACAAUGAAGCUUAUUUUGAUGUAAUUGAAGAAAUAGAUGCAAUUAUAGACAAAUCAGGUUCCACAGUCUUUGCAGAAAUUCAAGGGGUCAUUGAUGCUUGCAUUAAACUUUCUGGAAUGCCUGAUCUCUCCCUUUCCUUCAUGAACCCAAGGCUUCUAGAUGAUGUCAGCUUCCACCCCUGCAUUCGUUUCAAACGCUGGGAGUCAGAAAGAGUCCUAUCAUUUAUUCCUCCAGAUGGAAACUUCCGACUCAUUUCCUACCGUGUCAGCUCACAAAAUUUAGUGGCAAUUCCAGUGUAUGUGAAACAUAACAUCAGCUUUAAGGAGAACAGCUCUUGUGGCAGAUUUGACAUUACUAUUGGACCAAAGCAGAACAUGGGAAAAACCAUUGAAGGCAUCACAGUGACAGUUCACAUGCCCAAAGUCGUACUGAACAUGAACUUAACUCCUACACAAGGCAGCUACACAUUUGAUCCUGUCACUAAGAUGUUAACAUGGGAUAUUGGCAAGAUUACCCCCCAGAAGCUCCCGAGUCUUAAAGGAUUGGUGAAUUUACAAUCUGGAGCCCCCAAACCAGAAGAAAAUCCAAGCCUCAACAUUCAGUUCAAGAUUCAGCAACUUGCUAUUUCAGGCUUGAAAGUAAAUCGCCUUGACAUGUACGGAGAGAAAUAUAAGCCAUUUAAAGGAGUCAAAUACAUCACGAAAGCUGGAAAAUUCCAAGUGAGGACAUGAGAAGAGGCCAUAAAUCCUGCAAGAUCAGUGUCUAUUUUCCAAGUGUCAUUACAAUCUGCUGCUUAGUGACUUAGGUUGCUUUGGGUACCAAGUGGGUGGGAAAUACUCAUUAUUUACAGCAUUUGUGUAGAGCACCUUCUCUUAAAAAAAAAAGGUAGCUUAGUGGUUGGAAUAGAUUUCUUAAACAGCUUUAAGCUAAGGAACUCUUUUCUAAUGACUUAGCUUAUUUUUAAACUUAUCAUUAAGGAAUGUUUUGGAGCCAACAAGCAAACAGUGCUUGUUUCCACAGCACAGAACAGUUGGAGGCUAUACUCAGCAGCGAAAAGGCAGGCAGGCGGUCAUCCUUUGACCUCCCUGCCUUCUGGCCCUGACCUUGGCGUGCAGGAGGCAUGAAAAUCCCAGGGCAGUAGCCAGACCGUGUUGUCACGUGAUAGCUGUAGCCCAAUGUUGUCCUCACUGAUCUUGACCGUCCCCAAUCAGUCUCCUCCCUCCCCAAACAGUUUACAGCAGACUGCCUCUUCAAGUGUUUGCCUUACUCAGCUUUUCACUUGUGCCAUUAAGCAAGCAUGGUAGCAAAGGCCCUUCCCAUACAACCCUGGUGGGGAGCACGACCGCUUCAUUUUCACAAUACUGGGUUUUAUAUUUUUAUAAAGGAACUUUUUAUGUAAAGCUCAGACUUUGAUUUACAGGGACCUCGCUGCAGUAAAUGCCACCUGAAUUAUGGGCCACAGAUUCAGCUCUUAGCACAGCAGAAAUCAUUUGUAUUAAAGGGGACAGAUGCUUUAGUGAGAAUCCAAGGGAACACUACUUAAAGCAAGCACAAGAUUUUGAGCUGCUGAGCAAACUAAUAACUAAAAA